AUGGAUGGAGUGCAAAGAAAUUUCAAUAUGAUGGCUGAGAAAAUUGAUAGAAUGCGAUGUUUGAGGGUAAGUUUUAGCGUACCUAUUCAAAUUAACUUAUUUUGAAAAAACAAUAAUAUAUAGAUUCAAAUUACUAUAUUGCAUUUAUAUGUUUUAUUUUAUUACAAACAAUUUUUGAAAAAUUAUUAUAACAACAGGGAUUGGUAAAUGAAAACAAAGACAACGAAAGUUAGCUUUUAAAUAAUGUAUAGAAAUUUAUUUCUGUAUGAUUUAAAAUCAUUAAGUCAUGUCGAUAUUAUACAUAAAUUAUUAUACUUCAAAUAAAACCUGAUAAACAUAAACUAUUUUUAUAUGUCUAGCUUAUAUUUCUCUCUCGCUCUAUGUAUAUAUAUAUUAACGUGCUCCUUAGAUAAAAUUCAAAUUUUAAAUGUGCCACCCUUAAAUUAGGUUCCUAACUAUAAAAAAAUAAUAUGUGUCGAAUUUAGUCACGAUAAUAUAGGCAUAUAAAGAGGGUUUAAAUUGUCUAAAAUGUCUUUAAAAAGACAAAAAAUAAAAUUAUAAAUAAAAAUUGUAUUUUAUAAAAAAAUGAACAGAAAUAAUUCCGUAGAAAAUGUAUUUAUUUAAAAAUAUAUAAUUAUGAACAAUUUCAAAACUGCUUACUAAAUAAUGAAAUAAAAUUAGGUUACCCCUGAAAAGUAGGUGUGGUCAAUAGUAUUUGUUAUUCCACAAUAAUAGUUCAGUAAAAUCGGACAAAUAAACUAUAAAGUUUGGAACUAAUUUCCCGAUAGCUGAAUUUUGGUUCCUCCCUUGUGCGUAGCCCUCUAGCCCUCUUGAAACCGACACGCGCUCCUUUCACUGAUUUCAAUUAUAACUCGUUAGUUGUUUAAGGAACAAUAAAAAUACCUAUGACCAAAAUUAAAGGUCAUACAAUUUAUAUAUUUAUAAUAGAAUAAACUUACUUUUAAUAUUUGUAUAUUUGUGUAUUUGUAUAUUUGUAUAGUUUAGGUUCAAUAUGGGCUAAUAUUUAAAAAUUGAACAUAAAGGAUGUUGAGGACAAAUUUUAUUUUUAUUCUAAUUUGUUUAUCAUUAAUAUAAUUAUGAUUUCUAAAAUAAUAAUAUACUAUUAAAUUCAAAUUAAUUUAACACAUAUAUUGCAGUAACCUUCAACUUUACACUACACAGCCUAACGGUACCCACUUGCCAACUACUUUUUAUUCAUUAAUAGUUUUAACAUUUAACAUAUUCUAUACAUACCUGUAAGACUAGGCCUGUUUUGAUAAUUAAAUACCACGACAAUUUUUAUAUAUUAUGUAAACUAAAACACUAUAGUAGAUGUGAAUGAAAUUAUACUAUUAUUAAUGUUAUUAUUUAACAAUAAUAUGAUUAUAUAAUUAAAACUAGUUAAAUGAACAGAAUAAUAAUACAAUUAUAAAAUUGAUAAUAAUGAUACAAAUUAUAAAAAUACAGAAUAUUAGAGAAAUGUGAUUUUCUAUUGUGUUUCUGAAAAAAAUAAAUAAACUAUGUACAUACAUGAUUAUACAUGAUAAUAUACAUACAUGAUAAUAAAAUAUGAAACACAAGGUUUUAUAUUUAGUUUAAACACUACCAUUGUUCUGGUGUCAAUGUUAAAAGAAAACACACUUAAAACUGGUAAGUAUCUAUAUAAAAUUAACUAUCAAUAAUUAAUUCAUAAUCAACUCGCUGGAGGGUAAAAUUUGAAAUUUAUGCUUACAAAUACUUAAAAAUUGCGAAGAACAAUUUUCCACGGUAAAACAUAAAAUGUAUAAUCUAAUACUAAUAUUUGUACUAAUAAUCUGAUUUUUUUGGGAGAAGCUUAAAUUUUAGGGGAGGGGGGGUUCCAGACCCCACGGACUUCCAAUGCAAUGGUUAAGUGUUUGAAGGUAGGAUAUAUAAGGGAAUUGAAUUCGUAUCUGUACUCAAUGAUUAAUCAUUAUUAACGAAAAGCGAUUCUAAGCGGAGCUCGGUCAAUAGUAUUGCUCUUUCAACAAUAUGCGUUUUCACGACAACAACAAUUGUUCAAAAAAUAUUAAAGGUUAAAAUAAUAAAAACUUAAUAAUAACAAAAAAAUAAAAUAAAAACGGUUGCCAAUUACAAUAUUUUUUAACCUAAAGACCAGUUUUCCCUCAUCAUCUCGAAUAUUAAUGAGAAUUUAAAAAAAAAUUAACUUUACGAAGGUACCCACUAGAGCCGAAAUUCAACAAAAAAGUUCUCUUAUCAUAUUUUGAUUGGUGCAAGAUUUUUAGGAGAAAAGUUAUUUACAGAUAAAAAAUUUUUUAAAAAUACACUCAGAAUCUAAAAAAUGAAGAAUUUUUAUAUUAAUUAUUAACAUGGAAUAUUAAUUGUAUAGACGCCAUCAAAGUAUAGGGAACCAUAGUUUAUAAUUAUAUUUUUUAUUAUUAUAGGAGCGAUGCGACAGUUACGUUCGACUUAUAAAACUGACACUAGAUGAAACAAUACGAGAACAAAACACACUUUUAGACGGAUCAGCUAUUCACAAUCGAUUAAAACGUAUCGGAGUAAAGAACAAACGGCCUACGACUUUGUUAAAUGACUAUGCGUUUAAUAUUGAUAACAAUAAUAUUAUAUACGACAAAAAUACAGAUUUCUAUUACAAUUACAAGUAUUCUAUGUUUGAUAACUGCACUCUAGGUAUUGGACCACAUAAGAAAAAUAUUAACGUAAAUUCGACGAUCCCACCGUAUUUGCAACCGAUUAACAAUAACUCGGCCUACUAUAAUUCGGGCUGUAAACCUAAAAAACUGUAUGACUUUUCCUCUGAUGCAACUGUAUACGCGGACGAUCACUGCGAAAAUUCGUAUUAUUUGCCAAUAAGUUCAAAAAAUUAUGAGACGUCCACGAACGUUCGAACUGCUUAUCCUCGAGAAUACCAAGUGUGUUAUUUCCCAACGUCAAAACCCAUACCACAAUAUCCGCGGCAGACCACCGAACGGUUUUACAAACGAAACCCCGUUAAACAGUAUCCGGUAGAACAAGUCCCUUACUGGCACACGCGGUACAUAAAACCGGUAAAAGUGGUCGAACGGGAACCAUAUUAUCGGACGGUCGACUAUGAUUACUACAGCGGUACAAAUCAGGAUUAUCUCGUUGGCGACAAAAAUUUUGAGCCUUAUACGCAACAUCGCAAUACAUAUCGUCCGAGAUAUCGUCCGGCAAACGACUGCAGUACGUAUCGCGGGUUAGACGAGAGCAGUUAUUAUUACGUACCUGACGUGCAGGGACAACGAUCGUUUUCCAGUGUAACGAGACCGUGUUCACCAGUAUACAGCAGCAGUGGUAACGAUAUUUCGUACAGUAAAACUCGUUUUGAAAACGCCGCAGGAAGUUUACUUGAAAAACAAAUCCGCGACUACGUGUGGAAUCCACGCAAAGAUCUGCAGCGAGUCGACAAAUACACGAUUCCCAAUUAUGAAAAAAGUACACAUUAUUGUACCAGUUUUAAACCAUCGUCAGUACAGAAUAAUUAUCAUCAAAGUAACGAUACAAACGGAACACGUUUACCGGUAGAAUUAGAUUCUCCGCAGAUACAAAAUCAAACAAUCGAAGUAUCCAAAGCCGAUAGUUCAUAUUAUAAAAAACCGUCAACUCUGCUGCAUAUGUCACCGGAAAGAAGCAGACGUUCACACGAAGAAUGUUUUCAACCACGAAAAGACGCUGGUGAUCACAUUGAUCAUAUUCCCGAAAAUACAUCGUAUAAUACAAAAACUGAAACGCCCGUGAAUUUUCCAAAGCGAAUAAGUUUUGAUCUUGGUAAUGCAAAUACAGAACUACCUAAUCGUAAAAAGUCUAUUUCAGAAAAAAAUACUGUUCAAUAUGCGAAUACAGUGGAACGUAAAUCAAGUUUAGGGAGAAGAGAAUCUAACCCAUCAAAACUCGAUAAUAUGCGUCGAACCUCUUUAAUGCUAAACGACGAUUAUCCCGUUUCAAUUAGCAAACCACGUAGUAUUUUGCCGAGUCAAACGAAUGGAGGUUCUAGAAAAGAAUUUUUAAGUAGACCUGACAAAUUAGAUGCGGUUGUAAAUCCACGUGAAUCGAAUAAAAAUUUAAAUUUCCCCAAAAAUCCCAAGGAAAACAAUUUAAAUGCGUUGGAAAAAAACGUAGUUAAUUAUAAUAGUGGAACCAACGAUGACAUUGUAAGACACGAUUAUGUACAGAAUAAUGAUACUGAAUAUUGUCCGAAGAGACAAAAUGAUAAAAAUAACGAUGCGCGUAAGCAUCUAUCAAGUGAAAAAGUGCGAAAUGAUAAUGGCGUUAUUAGUAGGGAUAAUGAAAAGAGAAAAUUAACGGAAUCUACUGGAAAAUCAAAUUUUAGCAACGAAGACCGAUCAAAGAACAAAUCGAAAGAAAAAGAUAAGAUCAAAAUUCUCGAACGGAGAGAAAGUUAUAAAGACGGACGACAGUUUAAAAAAGAAGGCAAUUCCGCGGGUAAAAAUAAUUCUAUUGAUACGGCCGAUAGUCAAUUAGAUAAAAAAUAUAACGACUCCCAAAAUAUCGUCAUAAACGACCCGUCCAAAAGUAUCAGUCCGUUCGCAGUCGAUCGCAAUAACGAUGAUACAAAUAGUUCUCGUACCGGCGGAGAAAAAAUUACAGACCGCGUUCAACAAGUUAUUAAUAACGAUGAUAUUGUAGAAAACGGAAUUGAUCCCGAAGCAAUUCUACCGUACCGAGAAGUCGAUGACUCUAACGUAGAAACCGCCGAUGGUAUUAUAAAUUCUGCGGAACAAGACAGUUUUGACUACGAGUCGAACGCAAAUAAAAUGCAAGAACCGUCUCGCGAAAUAAUUGUUGCAAAUAACGACGAGUAUGGAAAUAAUAUCAUGAACAAUUACUACCAGGACCGUCCGUCUAACGAUGACAUAAAUGCAGUACAUUCGAGUAUGCACGAGUCUGUACCAGAAGUGCAACCGGAAUACGUGGACGGGCGUGACAAUGAAAAUUACGACUAUCCAACAGACGAGUUUGCCGACAGUAAAAAAGAAAAUAAUAUAAUAACAUCGGGCGAACAUCACGUAGCCGAACCCGUUCAGCACGAUGAGUUUGUCGACGGAAACCUACACGGCGAAUUGUAUUAUCAAAAUCGUACGGCUGCGGGCGACACAAAAGAAAAUCCGACGGGAAAUCAAUACGACGAGACGCCGACCGCUGCAGAUCCGCAAGAAAAGUACACGGCCGAACCGCUGCACGGCAACGGCGACGAUUAUUAUUAUCAAAAUAAUUAUUCUAAUGUCGAAGUGUUGGGAGAACGACCGGAAAAUCAAUAUCCUGCAGAACCCGAUCAUCGUCAAGGCGAAUACAAUGGCGCGGCGACGACGGCGGCCGCGGUGAUGAGCGACGCCGAAUACGACAAUAAUAAUUUCUAUAAUAAUAAUAAUAAUUAUCAAGAUCGCGCGGGAGUGGAUGUCGCGGAACAACGGCAAGCAGACGACGGACAGUACGAACUCGCCGACCCCAACUAUCAGGAAAACCACGUAGACCCGCAGCAACGUCAGCCCGACGACGAAUAUUAUUACCAAAACGAUAAUAGUAAUAAUUAUCCUAAUGGCGGCGUAAAAGAGCAACAGGAAAACCAAUACGCUGAACCGGUGGGCGAAUACGUACAAGGCGGCAGGACCGAACUGCAGCGCGACGACGGUUAUUACUACGGAAACGAUCCUGGGAACGAAGGCAAUGCGGACGAACGUUCGAUCGACCGGCAUUACGUCGAACCCGAGCAGCGAGAAAGUUACGUCGGCGAGGCGCGAGACGACAAUAAUUAUUAUUACGAAAAUAAUAACUCUGACGACGUGAACGCCGCGGAUAGUCGUCUGUCGGCCCAAUACGACGAACACCAUCACGGUCAACAAGAGAGUUACACGGACAACCGACACGCGGACGGUGGUUACUAUUAUCAAAAGCCCGACGAUGACGGUGUUUAUGACGAAUCGAUACCCAACGAACAAGCAUACGGCGGCGAUUAUGAUGUUGGCGACGAUCAGCACCGGACCAACGCGGACACGUCUUAUUAUCCGGAUUCGCAGGCCCACGAUAAUAUCAAUAAUUAUGACCCGCAAACCGCGGACUACGAAAAUAACGGUUAUCAACAGCCGGCCGGGUACAUAGGACCAUCGUCGUACGAACGAAAUCCUAACGAAAACUAUAAUGAUUACACAGGUAUAGACGACGCCAUUAUUGAUGGAAGUCGGCCCGAGAAUCUAAUUUCCGACGACCCGCAACAAAACACCAACAACAACCAAGAAUUAUAAAAUAUUAUAUUAUACAAAUAACAAUGUUACCUACGUACACAAGAAAAAAAAACCUUGUUAAUAUUAUUACCGAAG